ACACACGCACACACGCACACACGUAGACCCCUGGCCCCCCCCUUUCCCUGCUCAGACGUACCUUGAGUGCUAGAGUUCGCGCCGACCUCCCAACAAUGACCUCUGCGCAAACCACCCCCCCUGCCGCCUUUGACGGCGAGUCGUCCCAGGUCGGGCUCCUCGGCAAGCUUGAGUACUUCUUCAGCGUCGAGUGCCUGUCGCAAGACCACAACCUCGCCUCCAAGAUGGACAACGACCUGUUCAUCCCGGUCGCGGAGAUCCUGGCCCUGGAGAGCGUCAAGGCCCUCGGCACUUCCGAGGAGGAGAUCCUCUCGACCCUGAAGACCUCGGCCAAGGUGACCGUCGACGAGGCCGGCAAGCGCAUUCGCCCCAACGAGAUCGAGCCCUGCACCAUGAUUCUGACCGACGUCGACGAGGCGGUCACCGAGAAGGACAUCCUCGAUCUGCUGGCCUCCGUUGGCUGCACCGAGGUGGCCUCCAUCACCACCGAGCUGAACCGCACUCGCUUCGUCACUUUUAAGUCCCCGGCCGACCUGAAGCUUUACUACCGCAAGGUCAUCUCGGAGACCCUGCUCGGGAGUCGCAUCUAUGCCCGGGUCAAGGACGAGAACACCUUCAAGCACAUCAAGAACUCCUCGUAUGUGCUGGUCCCCAAGCCGGCGGCGGCCGGGGCGGUCGGCGGCAAGUCCGCCGCCCAUGUGCCCGGCGUGCCGGUGGCCAAUGUCUACAAGAAUGGCCAGCAGCAUUACUCCUUCCCGACCUACUAUGUUCCCUCCGGGGCGGGGUCUUUCGCCGCGGGCGGCCGUGCCGCCGGCGAGGCCGGGUCCUCUUUCACCGGGCGUCGGGGCCCGGGUGGUGCCGGUGGUGCCGGUGCGGCCGGGGCCGGCCGCCGGCCGGCUGGCCAGCGUCGCCAGAAUGCCCCCGCCGCUGGUGUGGCCGCCGGCAGCACCAGCACCGGUGCUGGUGCCGGUGCGGCCGGUGCUCCGGCCACCGCCACUCGGCAGGCCUCCGGGGCCGGUGGUUCCACCGGCGGCGCCCCGCGCCCCGGCCGGUCGGCUGGUGGCCAGGCCGCCGGCGGCGCUGUCGCCGGUGCCGGCACCGGUGCCACCGCCCCCCGGUCCAACACUCGCUCGAGCAACCCGCGCGGCCAGGCUGCUGGCGCCGGUGCGGCGGCGGGCUCCGGCACCACUGGCGGUGCUGGUGGCGCUGCGCGCGCCGGUGCCGGCGGUGCCGGCGCCGGCCCGAAUGCCGAGCGCCGCAACACCCGCACCCCGGCCAAGGGUGCGGCCGGCGGCGCCGGAAGAGCCGCCAACUCCCAGCAGGCUGCCGCCGGUGCCGGGGCUGGCUCCGGCUCCGGCGCGGCCGCCCCCCCGAAGGCCAUUUCUAUCACCGCCGAUGCGUUCCCCCCGCUGCCUGGGCAUUCGGCCACCGCGACGCCCGUCGUGCCGGUCGCCGUCUCGUCAGACCGCAAGCAGUACUCGGUGGUCACUUCGGAGGCGGCCAAGAACCCCAAGCCCAAGCGCACCCCCGGUGCCGCGGCCACCCCCUCCACCUCGGCUUCCACCUCGGCCGAGUCGUCGGCCGCCAGCUCGCCCGCCCUGCCGGCCGUGGCUGAGACCGCCGCUACCGCCGCUGUCGCGGAGCCCGUGGCCGUCGAGGCCGCCGCCCCGGUCACCGCCGAGGCCGCUGCCGCCGCUGCUGCUGCCACUCCCGCCGCCGCCGAGGCCGCCGCCGUCUAA